CAAACUUAAUGAUUCCGAACUAAGUGGAGUCUCAAAAGCUUUAAAAGCAACUGAUGAGCAUAGAAGACAACACCACUUUCCUCUAGUCUCGAGCUGAAUCCAUCAUGGGCUCUAUCAUCUCUGCAAUCGGCCGUGGCAUCAAUUCUGUCAUCUCAGCAAUAGCCCGUGUGAUCAUGACCAUCGUUGGCGCAAUCACCACUGUCAUCGUUACAAUCAUAGACGUCAUCCUCGACAUCCUGUGCUGCAGGUGCUGCUGUGGCUCAGGACGGCGCAGAUCCGGAAAUAGUUCGAGAUCCGGAAAUAAUUCCAGAUUCAGAAGACGAGGAAUCUAUUGACUCCACUACUGAAUAUUGAAUAGAGGCAUUUCAUUGGAUUUUGUAU